CUUAAACUGUUACUCCGCCUACAAAGAUUUGAAGACAAACAUGCUUGAAACGAUCUAUCUUCAAAAUAAUUUCUCCCCGCCAGAAGGAAUAGGUAAUGUCGAAACGAUUCAGUGUGAUUUUGGACUUGAUGUGAUUUUAUAUUCAGUGCACUAGCUGUGGUUUUUAAAUACAAUAAUUGAUAUAACAUCAGAAUUGGUUAUGGAUGGCUUUUCUAAUUUCAUACCCUCAAAACAAGAGAACAUCAAAACAUCAGAUACUCCAGAAUAUAUGAUAGAUCGUAACAUCAUCGAUACUCUUAGAACAAGUCCUUCUCCAUUAGACAUGACAUCUGUAUCAUAUUCCUCUUGCUCAAAUAACACUGGAUUUCCUUCAUCAAGUUCCAUGAGAACAGCCCCCUAUCCUAUAGCUUUAUACCUUUGCUCAGGACGAGAGAAAUAUGGAGAUGAGCCGUGCCAACCUAAAUCAACCCCUUCUCCAGCUUUAAGCUCUUCACAACUUUAUACUCCAUAUUCAGAGUCAGAAUCCUCAGGUUCUUUUAAAUCUACUCCACCUUUUCCUUUUUCCCCACAGUUUUCAAAUUAUUCUCCUCGUUCAGAAGUUACUGAUUCAGGCUUUCAACCGAAACCUGAUGCCGGAACGCUUUAUGAAAAUCCACCAGACUGUAGUUACUACAAGCAAGAGCAAGGUUUAAAAUCAUCUGCAAGAUACUCCAAAGACUGCUUAAGACCUUAUCCUGCUGUCAGUCGAUCAAGAAAUAUCACUUCACGUAACUUAAACAGUGGUAGUUAUGUGUCUUACAGCUUAAUGCUGUCUGAAAGCAGAAACUCUUCCACAAUCGAUGAUUUAGAACCACCCCAUUUAACAAGAGAAUCUUAUAUGUCGAGCUGCAAUCCUGACAUUGAAAGCGCAAAUGGCAACCCUCAUCCUAAUAAACAUUCGAGUAAUGAUUGUAGUGAAGGAACACAGCACUCACACCCUGACUCAGAGAGUCCUGUUAAUAAUGAUCCAGUUGAUAUUAUCGAAACAGGACAUGUACAAAUAAAUAACAGCAAUUCUUCCGAAACUGAUUUAACAGGAAAAGGAAGAGACUUUUCUGAAGAUAGUGAAGAUGAUAUAUCUACUAGAAUAAAAAACAGUGUGUCUCACAGCAACUUACAUACUUCCCCUCUUGAUGGAGAUAUAAAAAGCACAAAUUCAACCCACAUGUCAGAUCAAUAUGAACUGAAACCACCCGGUUUAAACACUGCCCAUAUUUCUAACCCCUUUAGUUCAGAUCUGAAACCUUCUAAUCUUAGUAUCACCCACUUGACUGAUCCGUUUAAUAAUGAAAUGAAACCUGCUAAUCUUAGUGUUUCUCAUGUCGGAAAUCCUUUUUGUAAUGACAUUAAACUUGCAAACUUGAGUAUAACUGACUCUAGUAAUUUAUAUGGCAGUGAUAGUAAACCCGCAAACCUGAGUAUAACAAAUUUGACUACAUCUAAACAAUCAUCGGGUGGUUGUAAUGCUUCCACACAAGAUCGUCCUCCAUAUUCUUAUGUAGCGAUGAUACGUGAAGCAAUUUUAGAGUCUCCAGAACAAAAGCUAACACUUCAAGAAAUUUACAGCUAUGUUUUACAAAAAUUUCCUUAUUAUAAUGGAAAAGAGGGAUGGAGAAAUAGCAUUAGGCAUAAUCUAAGUUUAAAUAAAUGUUUUGUUAGAGUGCCAAGAGAAGGUGGUGGUGAAAAGAAAGGAAGUUUUUGGAUAUUCGAUAAAACUUAUGAUAAUAUGUUUGAGGGAAACAAUUUUCGAAGACGGAAGCGUAUGAAACGGCCAUCUCGGGAUUGCGUACAAAACAGUACUUCAUCAUUUACGCCUACAUUUCCUCCAUCUUUUUCCCGACCUUAUCACCAUUCCUACCUAAAUCCAAAUGAGUUUUUAACUUCUGGUUACCAUAGAUGUGAGAGAAAUUGGCCAUUGGCUCAUAUGCAGAGCUCUUCAAGGCAUUCAGGAAGAUCGAGUUGGUCGUCUUAUCCCUCCUGUCAACGUAUCCAACCAUCUCAAGCAAUACAUGUUGGAUACAUGCAAUCAUCGCAACUCAAUCCAUCGUCUUCUUCACAAUCUUCUAUACCUUUGACCUAUCCAGCUCAUAGUUAUGUAUCUCCGUCUACAGCUUUUCCUGGACAUUAUCCGGCACACUAUCCUCGUGAUUCUUCACACUCUUCUGCACAGACCCGUUAUCAUCCUUACUAGUCAUCUUUAGAACAACAUAGACAGUUAAGACAGCUUCCACUAUCACAAUUUUUUCUUCACAGUAUUCUAUAUUUUAAAACCGAAAUGGUAUUUAAAAAGGAAAUUCUUUUUUCUUCAU